UCUCUCUGUGUGCUGUCUUAGCCUGUUCUACUGAUGAAUGAACCUUUAAUGCUCUCUUCUACACUCAUAGCAUGUUCCUACUCGUUUUCUGUUCUGCUUAGAAAAGCUCAUUUCUUUCUCAAUCUGGGGUGUGCUCACUGAUUCUUCUUAUUUCUUUUUCUUUUUAAUUUUUCUUUUUAUAAAGGUGGUGGUGGUGGUGCACAACAACAACAACUGAAGUUGGUGUAGUUUGAGGCUGCACAUGCUGCUAGCUUUGGAUAUUUCUCUGUUGUUGUCUUCAACAUUUAGCAUCUAUCCAUUGUUCUUGUCUGGUGCAAAGGGAACUGCUCCAUUUCAAUACAAGAAUCUCAAAAGGGUAUUGCUUGGAGAAAGAAACCCUGAAUAUUGCUCUUUGGAUUUUGACGUUGUUUUGUAUCUGUGUUUAAGAGCUUUUUUGCCAAAACCAUAAAAAAAAAAGAAGAAAAGAAGCUUCUUUGCAUAGUUAUUUGGCUACCCUUCUUUGAGAAAUAAGAUUUUGGAUUUGAUGCUUGGUCGAAGAUCAUUAUGGAGAUGUUUCCAAUUCUCUAGCAUUCAGAACUAUAAUAGCUCAGUGGAAAGAUAUGAAGAAUAUUCUGAAGAAGCUUCAUAUCAUGAAUGAACAAGGUUCCUCUUCUUCUUCAUCAUCUAAAGGCAACAGCAACAACAAGAAGUCCAGUGGUGGAACAUCUUCAUCCUCUAAGAAUAAUAAGCUUUUAGAAUCUCGGUCCCCUCAAAGUUCUGAGCAUAAACCCUUCUCUGGCCUCUCCAAUUGGUUGCAUUCUGUUGCUAAUAGGCAGAGUCCUAGUCCUCCAUCUUCAAACCAAGCAGGAGGGGAGAGAAUGGAGCAAUCUGAUACAGCGAGUAGUGCCGGUUUAGAGGUUGUUUCGGCCUCAGCUGGGCGCGAUUCGGAGUCUAGUAACUCCAGGGAUCCAGAAGUGGAGGAGGAGUAUCAGAUACAAUUGGCUCUGGAGCUAAGUGCAAAGGAGGAUCCUGAGGCUGUGCAGAUUGAAGCUGUUAAGCAGAUCAGUUUAGGGUCUUGUGAUCCUGAUAAUACGCCGGCUGAAGUCGUGGCCUACCGAUACUGGAAUUACAAUGCUCUUGGUUAUGAUGACAAGAUCUUGGAUGGUUUCUAUGAUCUCUAUGGGAUUUUAACCGAGUCAACCUCUUAUAGAAUGCCUUCGCUUGUCGAUCUGCAAGGAACACUGGCCUCAGGUAGUGUCACAUGGGAAGCUGUCUUGGUCAACAGGGCUGCUGAUUCUAAUUUGUUGAAACUCGAGGAAAGAGCCCUGGAGCUGACAAUCACGCCAACGGGACCCAGCAUGGAAGUAGUUAUAGAUAGCAAUUUAGUGGGCAAGCUUGCGGUGUUAGUGGCUGAUUAUAUGGGUGGUCCAGUUGGAGAUCCAGAAAGCAUGACAAGAGCAUGGAAGAGUCUUAGUUAUAGUCUGAAAGCAACCCUUGGCAGUAUGGUUUUGCCACUCGGUUCUCUAACGAUUGGAUUGGCUAGGCAUCGUGCAUUGUUAUUUAAGGUUCUAGCGGAUGGUUUGGGAAUCCCAUGCCGGUUGGUGAAAGGACAGCAGUAUACCGGCUCUGACGAUGUAGCAAUAAAUUUUGUCAAGAUUGAUGAUGGAAGGGAGUACAUUGUUGACCUGAUGGCAGAUCCCGGGACACUUAUUCCAUCCGAUGCAACUGGAUCACACAUUGAAUAUGUUGAAUCUUCUUUUGUGGCAACUCCUUCAUCAAGAAACCUUGAUUCCUCUCAUGUAGCAUCAUUGAACAGUGGUGUUGAAAGUUCAUCUGAGGAAACAUCAGAGUUCGGCAUGUUGGACAAAGGGAACAAUAUAUCUAAACAUUUUUUGCAUUCAGGGAAAGAAUCUGGUAUGAGCAGACUUGCUACGAGGACUGAAGAUUCAGUAGGACCCUUGAGUGAAUCAACUAGUCCCCAUAAUGUUGAGAAGAUCACCGGGCGGGAAGCUCCAAAUAGACCGAAUCAACGAUAUGCACAUGCAAGAUCUCCUUCUUGGACUGAAGGGAUUAGUUCCCCUGCCGUGCGCAGAAUGAAAGUCAAAGAUGUUUCAUUAUAUAUGAUUGAUGCUGCCAAGGAAAAUCCUCACUUAGCUCAAAAACUACAUGAUGUUUUACUUGAAAGUGGUGUCAUUGCUCCUCCAAAUUUAUUUUCUGAAAUUUAUCACGAGUUAGGCUCCCCAACUGAAGAAAAAGAUGAACACAAACCAGAAAGUGGACAACAAGAGACUCAGGUUGAUGAAAGUCUCGGUCCUACUUUGCCUCACCACAGAGUUCAUCCGAAAGGAAGUUCAAGCAUCCAGCCGGAGCACUCUAAGCCUGUAGAAGGUUUAGGAAUAAACCUUCCUCUUGAUCCGAAGUUAGCAGCUGUACAACAUACACCAUCCCAGGUAACAUAUGGGAAAAAUGUUCCAGUUGCGGCGGCUGCAGCAGCAGCAGCUGCUGUUGUUGCUUCCUCUAUGGUAGCUGCUGUAGCAAAGUCAAACACUGACUCGACCAUUGAUCUUCCAGUAGCUGCAGCAGCCACUGCAACUGCUGCAGCUGUAGUAGCAACCACUGCAGCUGUCAGCAAACAGUAUGAGCAAGGCAGUCGAAGUGACGGGGACAUGGAUGGCACUGGUUAUGAGCCAAAGGGUAGUGGUGAUGGUGAGAAUAUUGUGGUAGGAGCAAAUUCAGAAGGUGACAGAAUAUCUGAUAGAUCUAUAGUAAGCAAUGACAGUACAAAAUCUGAUUUUACAUUAGAUGAUGUUGCCGAGUAUGACAUUCCGUGGGAGGAAAUCACACUGGGUGAACGUAUCGGACUUGGAUCGUAUGGAGAGGUAUACCGUGGUGAAUGGCGUGGAACAGAAGUUGCUGUAAAAAGAUUUCUUGAUCAAGAUAUAUCUGGUGAAUCACUUGAAGAAUUCAAAAGUGAGGUUCAAAUAAUGAAAAGACUGAGGCAUCCAAAUGUUGUUCUCUUCAUGGGAGCCGUUACUCGACCUCCGAAUCUUUCUAUUGUUACUGAAUUUCUUCCCAGAGGAAGUUUGUACAGACUAAUUCAUCGACCAAACAAUCAAUUAGAUGAGCGAAGGCGGUUGAGGAUGGCCCUCGAUACCGCCCGAGGAAUGAACUAUUUGCACAACUGCACUCCAGUGAUUGUACACCGUGAUUUGAAGUCACCAAAUCUUCUUGUUGAUAAAAAUUGGGUUGUGAAGGUAUGUGAUUUUGGCUUAUCAAGAAUGAAGCAUAGUACAUUCCUUUCUUCCAGAUCAACUGCAGGAACAGCCGAGUGGAUGGCGCCUGAAGUGUUAAGAAAUGAACCUUCAAAUGAAAAGUGCGAUGUUUAUAGCUUUGGAGUCAUAUUAUGGGAGCUCUCUACUUUGCAACAGCCCUGGGGUGGAAUGAAUCCGAUGCAAGUUGUGGGUGCUGUUGGUUUCCAGCAUCGUCGCCUUGACAUUCCAGAUGAUAUGGACCCUGCCAUCGCGGAUAUUAUCAAGCAAUGCUGGCAGACAGAUCCAAAGUUGAGACCUACAUUCGCUGAAAUAAUGGCAGCGCUGAAGCCGUUGCAGAAGCCUAUCAUUGGUUCUCAAUCUCAAGUGCCGAAACCGGGUAGGCAUGAGAAGGCUCAGUCAUCAAGAGUUGGUGCAGACUCAGCAGGAUAGGAAACAAGUAUACAGCUAACCAUAUCUUUGUUCGUUUUUGCUGAUAAAGUAAAUGAUGGGAAGACAAGUUGUAUAGUAUUUUUGCUCAUUCACUCUUGUGAUUCUUUUCAGUCUUGUCCCUUUUCUUUCCUUUUUUUAUUUCUUUCUUUCCAUUUUCUUUUAAAAUGUUUUUUGCAAUCUGCAGUGGAGUCAUUAUCAGGUUGUACCAUUUGUUUGUAAACAAUUCUUUUGUAAUUUUGUUAUAAUCAAUUCUAAAUUUUGAUGUGCAUAAA